UUGGACAGAGUUACCCACCGACUAUAAAUCCAGACCCAUCGAUACCGAUGACGCAGGCUAUAGUGCAAGGGGGACCUGUCUUGCAAGAGCCAUGUGGACAGGGUUACUCACGAGAGACUUUAUUUCGUGACCCAGGUGAACAUGAUUACUAACCGGAGACUAUAAGUCUGUAAGCUGGACAAGGACGUGGUAAUAAGGUCGAAGAGCAAGAACUAGUUUGGCGGUAUCCCGUGAGAUUAUGGACAUUUGUCGUGAUUUUUGUGUGUGAAAAUUACUUAGUCCAAAUUAAAUAGCCUCAGCUGCAGCAAGCGGUAUUUUUAA